CUACUCAUGUAUUGUAACCCAAGCAUUAAAAUACUCAUCCGCAUUUACAUUUUCGUAAUUUCUGGUCGACGUACCACGUGACAUGAUUUCCUGGUCCGAAGUUAUUAAAAUUUCUCCAUUUUCAUUUCCUUCCAUCAUGGAUGCGCCGUUGAACCCUCCGGCACGAAUACAGCCUUUCUCAGUGACAUCAAUCUCAGCCAGGAGCACCCAAAAGCAAAUUGACGCUUUUAUGAGCGAGUUCCAAGCUCGUACGACGGCGGGGCAGGGAAUCAACACGGCUGUGACAGUUCAGUUGCAGAACUUGCGGGAUGCGCUGCAUGAGGAGCAUGAGAGGAAGAAGAAGUAGAUCAAGCGUGUUUUAUUUGCAACCCUGCUUUUGUUUCCUUCUACUCGAUGUUUUACACCUGCUUUUCUAAUAGAGCAUUUUUCAAGCAUCGUUCCCCCAGACUCCCCCCAAUAUGAAAUCUGAGAUAACAUGAAUGGAUCUACUACUAAAUUAUAGAAUCCCGCCUCUGGCGA